AGAACCCACCCACGCUGCAGAGAUGCGGUGCCGGGCUGGGCUCCGGCGGCGUGCGGCGUUCACCGCGUUCCGGGCGCUGGGGGCUGCGGGGGCUCAAUGCCCGUCGUCUGCUGCCGGCUGCCGGCGCUCCCGUCUCGCCGGUGACGUCUCCAAAAGGACCUGAGCGAGGGCUGCGGCGCGGGGUGUUCCAAAAUGCCUGAAGCCAACGCUUUGUUGUCCGUGUCUUGGGGUUACAUUAAGUUCAAGAGGAUGCUGAACCGCGAGCUGACGCACCUCUCCGAGAUGAGCCGCUCCGGCAACCAGGUGUCCGAGUACAUCUCCAACACCUUCCUGGACAAGCAGAAUGAUGUGGAGAUUCCUUCUCCCACGCAGAAAGACAGAGAGAAGAAGAAAAAGCAGCAGCUCAUGACCCAGAUCAGCGGAGUGAAAAAAUUAAUGCAUAGUUCAAGCUUAAAUAAUACCAGCAUCUCGCGAUUUGGUGUGAAAACAGAAAAGGAGGACCAUCUGGCCAAGGAGCUGGAAGAUCUGAAUAAGUGGGGUCUGAACAUAUUUAAUGUUGCCAGGUAUUCCCACAACAGGCCUCUCACCUGCAUCAUGUACGCCAUAUUUCAGGAGCGAGAUCUACUGAAGACAUUCAAGAUCUCAUCAGACACCUUUGUGACGUACAUGAUGACAUUGGAAGACCACUACCACUCGGACGUGGCGUACCACAACAGCCUGCACGCUGCUGAUGUCGCUCAGUCCACCCACGUUCUCCUCUCCACCCCUGCACUGGAUGCUGUCUUCACUGACUUGGAAAUCCUCGCCGCUAUUUUUGCAGCCGCAAUUCACGACGUGGAUCACCCUGGUGUCUCCAACCAGUUUCUGAUUAACACAAAUUCCGAGCUGGCACUGAUGUACAACGACGAGUCGGUCCUGGAGAACCACCACCUGGCAGUGGGCUUCAAACUGCUGCAGGAGGAGCACUGCGACAUCUUCCAGAACCUGACCAAGAAGCAGCGGCAGACGCUCAGGAAGAUGGUGAUUGACAUGGUAUUGGCAACAGAUAUGUCCAAGCACAUGAGCCUGCUGGCAGACCUGAAGACGAUGGUGGAAACUAAGAAGGUGACCAGUUCAGGAGUCCUCCUGCUGGACAACUACACGGACAGGAUACAGGUUCUCCGAAACAUGGUACAUUGUGCAGACUUGAGUAAUCCCACAAAGUCCCUGGAGCUGUACCGGCAGUGGACGGACAGAAUCAUGGAGGAGUUCUUCCAGCAGGGAGACAAAGAGAGGGAAAGGGGAAUGGAAAUCAGCCCCAUGUGUGACAAACACACAGCGUCGGUGGAAAAAUCACAGGUCGGGUUCAUCGACUACAUCGUGCACCCGCUGUGGGAGACGUGGGCUGACCUGGUGCAGCCGGACGCACAGGACAUCCUGGACACCCUGGAGGACAACAGGAACUGGUACCAGAGCAUGAUCCCACAGAGCCCCUCACCCCCACUGGAGGAGCGGGGCCAGGACUGCCCCGGCCUGAUGGAGAAGUUCCAGUUUGAGCUGACCUUGGAGGAGGAGGAUUCGGACGGGCCCGAGAGGGAAGGCGAGGGCAUCGGCUACUUCCACAGCACGAAGAUGCUGUGCACGGGCAGCCCGGGGCAGGAGGACGUGCAGCGGGAGGCGAACAUAGAAAUUGUGACAGAGGACACGUCUCCCGUUGACACAUAAUGCCCUGCACCUGUGUAAGUGGAUCGGAAACGCUUAACGAGCAUGCAAGCGGUCUGGUGGGACUCGCCUGCAGCCUGGGCCCUAGGCCUGUGCCUGACAUUGGCUGACGGAUCUCCGGGUCCGUGGGGCCGUCAGGGCUCCGUGCUGAACAAUGGCUCAGGAAACGCCGUGAGUGAUGCUGGGGUGGCCGUGUGAGCUGCGGGCGCCGCGUGGCCUGGGGCUGCGGGCACCAACGCCGAGCGGCCCAGCACACGGCGGAGAGAUUCCGUACCGUUCGCUCCGGGACUCAACCCGCCGGGCUGAUAGAAACUACUGAUCCAUAACUCUGCGUGUAGAACCCGCCCGCCCCACCGCCUGUCUGCAGACCUGUGUGCCUUCUUUGUAAACACCCUCAUGUCUUUUCGAGAUCUGUUCGAUACACGGAGUUCAGUGUAAGCGGCGGCACCGAGUGUUCGGGAACCGACGGAUCCUUUUUGAUUCUUCCUGUUACGAGAAGCAGUCUUCCUUUUUCCACGGGCAAUACCUGUCACUUUAUUGCGGUUAAUCACUUUUCCAGACUAAGAGAAGGGAUUCCCUCCGUUUUUGCAUUACGGCACUUUUAAUUAGUCUUCUGAAGGCCCCCCUCGUUGCCUGCCCCUCUGCCCGGGGUGGCUGCGGCGCAGUGGCACGCAAACACCUUCGUGUUCCGCCUUCCCUUCGUUUAGGCCCACCGUCCUCCUCCUCCCGCACUGCCUUGAGCUCUAACACCUCCAUUACUGUUUAUAACAGUGUAUUUAUUACGUAAUGUACAUACUGUAAUGUUUUGUAAGUUAUUAAUUUAUAUGAAUUAGCAUUGCCUGUCGGCGGCGAUGUUAAUUGUGUAGAAGACUCGGAAUAAGAGUUGCCUUUUAUUUUUCCUUUUUUUGUUUGUUUUUUUUUUGUUUUUGUUUUUGUUUUUUGUUUUGUUUUCUCGUAACCUUUUGUAUUGCAUAAAGUACAAAACCUGAACACAGCUGAAGAGACAUACGCAACCCAGGGGACGGGGCAGAGGUGGCCGCGUCCUGCCCCAGCCUCCCGACAACCCAAUGUGAACCUCUAUGACAAAAAUGUGAACUGAUGUAAUGAUUGUGCUGUGAAACUCCUCCUGACGACGCCGUUGGGCACGGCGAGCGGUGCCACUCGGUUUGUAACAUACGUUUUCAGCUUCUGGUCCAACUCGUGACAACUAGUUAAUGACAGUAGCACAGUUGUGCAUGAUCAAUGGGUGUGUAUGUCUGUCGAACACUGCAUUGUUCCAGGUGGUUAUUUUCUUGUUUUCAAAAGUUUCACACAACGUAUGUUAUAGUAUUAUAUAUUGUGUUCAGAUGCAUUCUUAAGAGAUUUUUAUAUGAAGUGAAUAAAUGAAUGCAUGACCCUGUC